UUGUCGUGCCUCCUCUUCGACCUUGCAAUCGAGCCGCUGUCCGCGAUGAUAAGAAACUCGCCGCUGAAGGGCAUGAACAUACCCACCAGUGGAAGCGCACUUAAAGCGACGCUGUUCGCGGAUGACACAACGGUAUACUUGUCAGAGGAGGACGACUUCCAAGUCUUGCAGAGCGUCCUUGACACGUGGUGCUCGGCAGCCAAGGCGCGUUUCAAUAUCGGGAAGACAGAGAUAAUCCCGUUGGGCUCGAGGGAGUUCCGA